UCCUCCCUCUCCAGGAAAGGAAACGAAGAGCCGUGCAGACGCAGCAGCAGAAGACAGGCUAACAGUCUCCUGCAGACAGCUCCGCGGCCAGUGGCUCUCCUGUCCCUACCAGAGCGUCAAGAUGCAGCUGAGAGACACCCAGGCCAGGUUUCUGGACAAGUUCAUCGAAGAGAACCUCCUGCCGGACACGCCUUUCCGCCUUCAGGUCAGACAAGCCAUCCACCACAUCUGCGGUUUCCUGAAGGAGGAGUGUUUCCAGGGUGCCCCCCACCGGGUUCGGGUGUCCAAGGUGGUGAAGGGCGGCUCCUCGGGCAAAGGCACGACCCUCAGAGGCCGGUCUGAUGCUGACCUCGUCGUCUUCCUCAGCCCACUCACAAGUUUCCAGGAGCAGUUUGAUCGCCGAGGAGAGUUCAUCCAGGAAAUUAAGAAACAGCUACAAGCCUUUCAAAGAGAGACAGGGGAGAAUUUUGAGAUCCGGGAUUCUGGAUGGCAGAACCCCCGCGUGCUCAGCUUCGUGUUCAGCUCCCCCAUGCUCAACGACAGCGUGGAGUUCGAUGUGUUGCCAGCCUUCGAUGUCCUGGGUCAGUUGACAGGACCCCCUGACCCCAAAAUCUACGUCCAGCUCAUUGACGAGUGCACACGCCUGGGGAAAGAGGGCGAGUUCUCCCCCUGCUUCACCGAGCUGCAGCGAGACUUCCUGAAGCAGCGCCCCACCAAGCUCAAGAGCCUCAUCCGCCUGGUCAAGCACUGGUACCAAGUGUGUAAGGAGAAGCUGGGGAAGCCCCUGCCCCCGCAGUAUGCCCUGGAGCUGCUGACAGUCUAUGCUUGGGAGCGUGGAAGCAACAGAAGUGAGUUCAGCACAGCUCAGGGCUUUCGGACUGUCUUGGAAUUAGUCAUGAACUACCGGAUGCUUUGCAUCUACUGGUCAAAGUAUUAUAAUUUUGAAAAUCCUGUUAUUGGCGCAUACCUGAGGAAGCAGCUCCAGAAACCCAGGCCUGUGAUUCUGGAUCCAGCUGACCCUACAGGAAACGUUGCUGGUGGACACCCACAGAGUUGGCCGCGGCUGGCACAAGAGGCUCUCGCCUGGUUGAGUUACCCAUGCUUCAAGAAUUGGGAUGGGUCUCCAGUGGGCUCCUGGAACAUAUAGCUCUAUGAAGAAAGACAAGAUAACUUGAUGACCUGUGAUUGCAGGACAUAUGAUUAUGGACAGUACCCUGAAUACCCUCAGACCCACAAAAACACCCAAGCAGAAGAGACCUGGUCAUGCAGCAUCCUCUGAACACCAGUGCAUCUUAGGUGACACAGCUCCAGUGUCACCUGAGUCAGCCUCCUCCUUUGCAGGGGGCGAACGUUGAUUCCGAGAGGAUGGAGGACGGCUCCGAGCCAGCCGUGAGUAGGAUAGGCGGAGAACCAAAAUCCAGGUCUCCUGACCCAGCCCUUCUCCCUGUUCUGUGCUUCUCUGCUUUCAUAGAUAGCAUUUUCCCGCAGCCCCGCCCACCCCCCUCUUCUCAGACCACAAAAGAAAUAUAGACAAAAGAGGGAAAC